AUUCCAAAAGCUCAACCAAAACCUAUUUCAUAUGUAUGUAUGCAACUAAAUGUGCUAGCUGUGGUGAAUUAUUUGUAACUAAUUCGAUAAGGGAAAGGAACUCAAGCAUUGCCAGAAAAUAGACACUAAGCCAUGCCGUCAUGGCAUUUCGUCGCUUUGGUAAAUCCUUGCUCUACGGUUUGCCACUGGGCAUCACGUUUCUCGACUGUGUCGGCUAUGUGGCCAGAGUUGACGGUACUUCGAUGCAACCCGCUUUGAAUCCAAUUGCAGAUGAGCGCGACUAUGUGUUUCUGUUGCGUUGGGGCUUACACAGCAGCGCCGUUGAACGGGGUGAUAUUAUAUCGUUAACUUCGCCCAAGGAUCCAGCGCAGAAGAUCAUCAAGAGGGUUGUUGGCAUGCAAGGCGACGUAGUCUCCACGCUCGGUUACAAGCACGAGAUUGUCCGCGUCCCCGAUGGCCACUGUUGGGUGGAGGGAGAUCAUACGGGACACUCCUUGGACAGCAACACUUUCGGCCCUGUGGCCCUCGGUCUGAUGUCUGCGCGAGCAGUCGCUAUAGUUUGGCCACCCGAGCGUUGGAGACUGCUUAAGAAUGAGCUGCCACGACGACGUCGACCCGUCCAGGUGGCAAAGACCAGUUACUACAACUAGCCUAAAGACUGAGUCCCGAGUGCGGUUGUUUGAUUCCCCCAUUGCAGUAGUCAUCUCACUGUUUGUACAUAUAUAUGUAUAUAUAUAUAUAUAUUUUUUAAUUAUCUAUAUUGUGUUCAUGGGUGCGUCGCUACUUUCCCAUCAAGCAAAAGUCAUAUUCAAAAUUGAAAAUUGACCGUAAAAAUAAAAUAAAGUGGAAAUUGGAAUUUGCUUGAAUAUAAAUUUUAAGAACAUUUGUAAUGGCGCCAAAAGUACCCGCGUCAUGUAUACGUAUGUAGAAUAUAGUAAAAUUAUAGUAAAGGAGGUAAAUUAGAUAAUCGGAAUAAUUUUCGGGUUCUUUCAUUUCAGAUUUUCAUCUUUUGUUUCUUAAAUCGUUUGAAUAUAAAUUGUUUGAGAACAAUGACUUCAAUCAAA